AGGGGGGGCCACUUCGGGGCUGGGACCUGGCGCCUCGGUCCGGUCCGCCCGCAGGGCGGGGCGGAGCCUUUGAGGCCCGAUAAAGGGGCUCCACCCUCCUCCCCUGUGGCUGUCCAGUCGGCCUCUUCUCGGCCCCAUGACCAGCACGUCUCGGUCCAGUCGUUCCCACCCAGGAUUCAAGGAAGUGAUUCAGUCCUCCCUCUCCUCUGAGGCCCAGGCUCAGUUCAUCCCUGUCCAAACUGACCCCCAGAAGGACUGGGGAAGCCCGAGGGCAGCGAAGCAAGCGGGCCGGCCGAAUCACCGCUCAGCCCAGGAACUUGACAGCAGACGGUUCUCCGGUCAGAACUUUGCUAACGUUGGACUCAGAUCCCGACACCCCAGGACCCAGGACCAUGGAAGAGCAUUUGGGAACCACGACCCCCGAGAUUAGAGGAAUUAAGGACGCAAAAGGUGACCUGGGAGCUUUUUGGACAGACAAGUCUGGUGCCCAAAAGAUGGGGAGCCCAAGAUGGGGAAUCUUAGAAGACCCGGUGCCUGGGAACAAUCCAGACUGUGAGAACCCAGAGAACACAAAGAAUGAGCCAAACAAUGGAAUCCCAGAAGAUCCUGGACAGCUGAUGGCUGCCUAUGAGGGCACAACCAUGGGCCACCAAGUACCUCAGUUUGGUUGGCGAAUCUGCCUAGCUCAUGAAUUUCCUGAGAAGAGGAAACCUUUCAAUGCCAACAACGUCUCCAUGAGCAACAAAAUGAAGCACUUGGGCAUGGGUUUCAGGUAUCUUAAAUGGUGGUACCAGAAGACACAAGUGGAGAAAAAGACUCCAUUCAUAGACAUGUUAAAUUGCCUUCCCCUGAGACAAAUCUAUGGUUGUCCACUUGGUGGUAUUGGAGGUGGUACCAUCACUCGUGGCUGGAGGGGCCAGUUCUGUCGCUGGCAGCUCAACCCUGGGAUAUACCAACACCGAACAGUAAUAGCUGACCAGUUCACUGUAUGCCUGCGGCGGGGAGGACAGACUGUGUACCAGCAAGUCCUGUCCCUGGAGCGUCCCAGUGUCCUACGGAGCUGGAAUUGGGGCCUGUGUGGAUUCUUUGCUUUUUAUCAUGCACUCUACCCCCGAGCCUGGACUGUCUACCAGCUGCCUGGACAGCAAGUCACACUCACUUGUCGCCAGGUCACACCCAUUCUCCCCCAUGACUACCAGGACAGCAGCCUACCUGUGGGAGUCUUCGUGUGGGAUGUAGAGAAUAAUAGCGAUGAGGAUUUGGAUAUAUCUAUCAUGUUCUCUAUGAGGAAUGGCCUGGGAGGUGGACAUGAUAGCCCAGGAGGGCUGUGGAAUGAACCCUUCUGUUUAGAGCGUGAUGGAGAAAGUAUACAGGGGUUGCUGCUACAUCAUCCAAACCCCCCAAACCCAUACACAAUGGCCUUGGCAGCCCGACUCACAGCAAAUACCACGGUGACUCAUAUCACAGCCUUUGACCCUGAUGGCACUGGACAGAAGGUGUGGAGGGACUUGCUCCAAGAUGGACAAUUGGACUCCCCAACUGGCCACAGCCCCCCAACCCAGAAGGGACAAGGCAUAGGUGGAGCAGUGUGUGCAGGGACACAUUUGCCUCGGAGGGGCAGAUGCCAGCUGGAAUUUGCAUUGGCCUGGGACAUGCCCAAGGUUCUGUUUGGAGCAAGGGGCCAAGCCCACUACAGGAGAUACACUCGGUUCUUUGGCCAAGAAGGGAAUGCAGCUCCAGCCCUCUGUCAUUAUGCACUCAGCCAGUACAGAUCCUGGGAAGAGAGAAUUGAAGCAUGGCAGAACCCUGUGCUAGAGGACAGGUCCUUACCUGCCUGGUACAAGUCUGCACUUUUCAAUGAAUUAUACUUCUUGGCUGAUGGAGGUACUGUGUGGCUGGAGGUUCCAGCAGAAACGACCACAGAGGAAUUUGGAGGGAUACUGAACCAGCUUCAACCUACCCUGCAGGAAUAUGGACGUUUUGCCUAUCUUGAGGGACAGGAGUACCACAUGUACAACACGUAUGAUGUUCACUUCUAUGCCUCCUUUGCCCUCAUCAUGUUGUGGCCCAAACUUGAACUCAGCCUCCAGUAUGACAUGGCUGUAGCAACUCUGAGUGAAGACCUGACACGACGGAAAUAUCUGAUGAGUGGCGUGAUGGCUCCUGUGAAGAAGAAAAACGUGAUUCCCCAUGAUGUGGGGGACCCAGAUGAUGAGCCCUGGCUUCGUGUCAAUGCUUACCUAAUUCAUGAUACAGCUGAUUGGAAGGACCUGAACCUGAAGUUUGUGCUACAGAUUUAUCGGGAUUUUUACUUGACAGGCAAUGAGAGCUUCCUAAGGGAUAUGUGGCCUGUGUGCCAGGCCGUAAUGGAAUCUGAAAUGAAGUUUGACAAGGACCAAGAUGGCCUAAUCGAGAAUGGAGGCUAUCCAGACCAGACUUACGAUGGAUGGAUCACCACAGGACCCAGUGCCUACUGUGGGGGGCUGUGGCUAGCAGCUGUGGCUGUGAUGGUCCAAAUGGCUACCAUGUGUGGAACUCAAGAUAUCCAGGAGAAGUUCUUGUCCAUCCUGAGCCGAGGUCGGGAGGCUUACGAGAGGCUCCUCUGGAAUGGCCGUUACUAUAACUACGAUAGCAGCACUCAGCCACAGUCACGCAUUAUCAUGUCUGACCAGUGUGCUGGUCAGUGGUUCCUGAGAGCGUGUGGCCUAGGAGAGGGGGAUACUGAGGUUUUCCCUACUCCCCAUGUGAUUCGAGCUCUCCAGACAAUCUUUGAAGUGAACGUCCAGGGCUUUGCAGGCGGAGCCAUGGGGGCUGUGAAUGGUAUGCAGCCUGAUGGCAUCCCUGACACAUCUAGUGUCCAGUCUGAUGAGGUCUGGGUAGGUGUGGUCUACGGGCUUGCUGCUACCAUGAUCCAAGAGGGCCUGAUCCAGGAGGGUUUCCGUACAGCUGAAGGCUGCUACCGCACAGUGUGGGAACGUUUGGGGAUGGCAUUCCAGACACCGGAGGCAUAUUGCCAGCAUCGGGUAUUCCGUUCCCUUGCAUAUAUGCGACCACUCAGCAUCUGGGCCAUGCAGCUGGCCUUGCAACAGCGUGGCAGGGCCCCUGGGCAGGGCAUGGGACUGAUCAGACAGAAAAGUGGAGAGAGCACAGGAGCAACUGCUGGACAGAAAUCUGCACCAGCUGCUGGACUUAAUACCAAGCCUAAAGGCAGAGCAGACCUGGGACAGACGGGACUCCUAGAUGCUAUUUAGAGGAAGAGGAAGCUGGAGACACUGUUGUGCACCUUCCCUCUUCCCAUCUGCAAGCCUGAGCCAUCAGGACAAUCACCCACCACUCACUUCCCCCAGCAGAGCCAUGGGGGUGGGGGAUACAAGCACCACAAUCACUAUUUAUUUACCUUCCCUCCACUCCCCAAUCAUUUGUUGCAUGAAAUGCUUACAAAAAGAUCAGCUUUUCCCCUCCCCAUCCCAAUGCCCUGAGCCAGACUCUCUCAUCCUCAACUGGGUGAGGGAGUAGACCUCAAUAUACAAAUAAAAAACCCAAAAACCCA